AUGAGGAUCACUUCACAACCAUACAAUCGACUGAAAGAAGCUCUUUUUUACAAUCGAGCUACAUCGAAAUACGUUUUAUUGUUAUUGGUAUUCAUCAGUGCCGUACUGCUUAUUGGUUCGGUUUUUCAAGAUGAGAAAGCAGAAUCAUUAUUUCCAGUUCUAUCGACCAGAAAAGUCAACCCAGUUUUUGAUGCAUUCUAUAACUGCGUUUAUCCCAAAAUUAUUGGACAAAAAGAUAAUUAUGACAGGUUCUGGCUACUGUAUGUUCAUUUAACCGAAGAAUGUGAUAAUCUGCCAGAGUACAAAACUUUCGAUCUUCAGCCGAUUGCUAACACGGAUGAGAUAAAAUACGUUUCAUUCCCAAAACAAAAAGAAGAAAAUAUUACUAUGGUAACACUGGGUAUCGGUCAUGAUGUGGACGCUGAACUCAGAUUAAAGAAAAUGUGGCCAGGAACUGAAUUCUUCGGAGUCGAUCCAAGUCCGGAAAUCAACAAAGAUUUGUACGAAGUGAAACUUGGAGGAAACUAUUUCCAAGUAGCUGUUAGUGGACAAGGAGGAAUGCAGAAGUCUUACAUUUUCAGAAAAAAGUACCGUGAUGAGACAACAAUGCACAUCGGAGCAGACUACUUCUUUGGAAACAUGCUCAAACGACCACGUGUCGAUAUUCUCUGGGUGGAUACUGAAGGAAACGAGUUUCCAGUUUUGGAUAUGAUUCAUCGCGGAGGUCCACUCGAUAGGCGAGGAGUCAAGAUUUGUCAGAUGAACGUCGAGAUUCACAAAGAUCUUCUCAAGGACGUGACUGGUGAAAAACAAAAGUUCCACGAUUUCGUAUGGAAAAUCAUGGAAGAUCGAAAGUACAUCAUUGUGAAGCCAUUCUACGUUUACUGGUUCCAUGAUUUCAUUCGAGUUGUUGUAUUGAAUGUUGAAGAUCCAGAAUGCACUAGUCUGUACAUGAGAUAA